AAGCAGCACAGUGUCGUUAUAAUGACGUCAAUUAUUGGACAUUAUUAGUCGGCGACGUCGUAGACCAAUAAGCGACGUCCAUAUGACGUGACAUUUCAGAUGUCAUUUUGACGUCGUCUAGAGACGUCUUUCGUACGUUUGUUUUCGGUCGUUUUAAGUGCUUUUUAAUCAACUAUAAAAAAAAUUAGAACGAAAGUUUAUUACAAAAACUAAGCCCUAUACGUGCUUUAUAAAAAAUUGUACAUUUUAAAUUGUUGUUUACCUAAAAUUUGGAUAUAAAUAUAAAUUCAUUAAUUAGCAAUGAAAAUACUAAACUGACGUUUUAAGUGGAAAUGCAAUUUGAAUUUAAAGAUGAACAUCGAUUCCUGUCGAGGCUGUCGACCAAGAUUUAAUUUUGGCGCGAUUUUAAUCGAAAUGCCACGAUACGAUACGAGACGUGCAGGCGCAUGCGUGCUGGACUGCUGGUGUGAACGCGUGUGCGCGUAAUGGCGGACGGCAGCAAAAAGUUGUUUGGCGGUUUGUCGGCAUAUCUAUCGACUUUUGGAGGGAGAGAUUUUACUGGACAUACAAACCGCAUUUUAAAUUUUUUGUUCAUUUAUUCUCUUGCAACUAAUUGGAAUUUUUGUGGCAAACGAGGUGAGAAAAAGGCUUUUAAAAACUUAAACGUAAAGGAUGUGAUUAUUGGUGCUGUAAGAAAAAGCUCCCCUCUAGUCAGUCAGAAAGAAAUAGAAGAUACCAUCAAGGUGUGGUUGAAACAUGCACCAGAGAAAUUGAAAAAGCAGCAGCAUGGCAACCCGUAAGAAAAAAAAUGUUGUUAGUCAAAGACAACUCUACAGAAGGAUGGCAGAAGCAAAUUUAGCACCUGUGAGUCAGAAUUGUUAUAAUACAUCUUUAAUAGUUAAUAAUGAUUCCAAUGAAUCAUCAAAUUCCGUUUUUUUUUGCUGGUUCAAUGUGUGAAAGUGAAAAUGACACCUGUUCCUCAAGAGAUUUAGAUUUUAAUGUAAACUCGCCUAAUGAAAAUUUGCUCUUCAAUGAUGCGACGUUAUACAACCAUUUGACUUCCUAUUCCAGUAACGUGCCCCCUAACGAUUUAUUUUCUAAUGAACCGCCGCCUAGCGAUUUGCAUUCGAAAUUGUCAAACUGGGCAGCUUCAAGGUACGUUCGACGUACAGUAGUUACUCAUCUCUUGCAUUAUCUCCACCAUUUAAAAUCGUUAGUUCAGUCUCCGAAUAAACCGUUACAACAGAUUAAUAGACGCUUAAAAGAAAUUGAAAUGACAGUGUACGAAAAACAUGACUCUACUUCACCUGAUGAUGAACACUUCUGUAAAUGUGAAUUGUCCCAUUUCUUAGGACCAACGCCAAAUUUCUCUU